AUGGAUACCAUUUCGACACUCGACACUGCGGCGUGCAUUCUUCACGCAACUUCGUUUAUUGAGACGACUUUCGCGGUUGAACAGAGCUAUAAAGUACAAGCGCCGUAUGACAACGGCGAGGCCAUUCUGAGAUCUCUCAAAACUUUCAGACUGGCACUGUCAGAUACGCAAGGGCGUCUAGCGACCAGUUUCACACGGUCAGAGGAUGCCCUCCCGCUGCGAGAUCUUGUCUCUUCUCGGGACGCGGCCAUUGUCCUCCUUGAAAGUAUCGAGGAUGUGUUUACACGAUCGACCGACAAACCGACAGGAAGAACUGGGCAAAUCGCUACAGAAGCCCUUUUGAGGUUGAAGCUCGAGGAGUCCGCUCGCCUCAAGAGUAAUGUAACGCGUGAAAUCGCCCAUGUUCAUAGCUCUCAGAUCUCCCAGUUCAGCCAAUCCUUGACGAUGCUCGAAAGCCAGAACCGUUACGCUAGACCAGAACACGAAUCUCAAGUCGAUCUCAUGUCACGAGACUUGGAACACUUGAGAAUACAAGCACAAAAGCAUUUGUCGAAUCCAGAUGCCACCUACACGCAGGCCGACAUCGAACAACUCAGAGUCCUGCUUGUCCGACUAGCUGAAGCAGAGGAUGCCUUGCUUGCCGAUACAAUUGUUGCGAGCCUCAAUUACACCAGCAGACCGAUCCGCCUUGAUUCCAUUCCCCAGGCGCACCAAGAUACGUUCCAAUGGGCCUUCGAUUCUCGACUGGCAAAUUGGUUCCUUUCUGGGAGUGGCACUUUCUGGAUCUCCGGGAAGCCAGGUUCUGGCAAGUCCACGUUCAUGAAGUUCAUUUCCAAACAUACUCGGACCAAAGAGCUGCUAGAAAUUUGGGCAGGUCCAACCGGCACACUGGCUAUUGCGACUCACUGCUUUUGGAUCGCAGGUACACCGAUUCAGAAAUCCUGGCAGGGGCUUCUCCAGUCUUUACUCCAUGAUCUACUUCGUGGGCAUCCACAAGCUGUCUCCAUAGCCUGUCCAAGUCGCUGGGCAGCUGCUAAAGUUGGAAAGUGGCAGGCAGCCGCAGAACCAUGGUCGGUGGAAGAGCUUGCUGUUGCACUGCGAGCCCUAUCCACAGCGAAGCAGAUGCCAUUGAGGAUGUGCCUCUUCAUCGACGGAUUGGACGAAUAUGACAGCAAUCACGCUGAGCUCUGUCAAGUGCUCCUCGAUAUGGCCAAGUCUCCUCACGUCAAGAUUUGCCUCUCCAGCCGUCGUUGGCCAGUUUUCGAGAGAAGCUUCGGUCAACGUGGUCAGGAGAGCCUUGAUAUCCACGAGCUGACGCGGGACGAUAUCCGGAAAUUCGUCAACGACCAGCUGCAGGCUGACCUUCGAUGGACUGCCGAGACUUCCGAGGGCGUUACCCUAGCGAAGGCCGAGCUCGUGGACCGAAUCGUCACCCAGGCUGACGGUGUAUUUCUCUGGGCCUUCUUCGUGACUCGAUCGUUGCGAGAGGGUCUCGCCAAUGGUGAGAAGAUUGAAGAUCUCGCCCGACGCUUUAGCCAACUACCAUCCGACUUGGAUCACCUGUUUCAACACAUGCUAGACAGUGUGGAUCCUACGGAUCAUAGCACAAUGGCGGGCAUCUUACAGGGCGCGAGCGUUGCCCUCCGGAGAGAGCAGACGGUCCGCAGCAUCAAUCAGAAGACAAAGGGCCUGCUUAAGCUUGUUUAUGAUCGCUUUGAGUUCCUCCAUAGGACCGUCAAGGACUUCGUCUCGACAAAAGAUGUUGGUGACUAUCUGCGAAGCAAGUUGCCAUCCGACUACAAUGGCUUCACAUCGAUCGCAGGAGCGUACCUCGGGUAUCUCAGAGGCACAAGACAGAAAAGCUCGCUUGUCGUAGACGUUAUCAGGCAGGGACGGGGGAUGAACAGCGGUCCGCUCAUUUCGCAUCUGAACCAAGCCCUGUUCUACGCAUCGGAGGCGCUCAAACAAGCCGAGCAGCCUGGCUCUACUCAGCGCCAACAGGUCGAGAAGCUGCUAGACGAGUACGAGGCGGCCAUCGUGGAAAUGGUCAGCCUCGGCCAUGUGACUGUCAGGGGCGUCAACUCGGAUCGUCUCGAUGCAAGGCUGUUGUUUCGCGAAGAGCUCCUUCGCCACGAGCUGUCGCCUUAUCUGACAAAGAAGAUUGCCGAGCAGCCGAAUUUCUUCGACGUAUUUGAUGAGUCGCCGCUGUUUGCAGCGCUUAUGCCCAUGUCUCGUGACGGUGGCGAGAGUCCGGGACCCUCAUCAGAAGUCCUCGAUAUUCUUCUCGGACGCGGUGAGGAUCCCAACUUGCUACCUCGACAGUUGGAUGUUCCCAGCGCGCUGGAUGCACCAUCACCUUGGGUUCUUUUUGCGCGCAGUACAAUGUCGGUCUUCAACAUGCUAUCGGGACCGUGCAUGUUUCCUGCCUUGCGAUGGAACGACUCGUUGAAGAAUGCUACUUUCAGCCGGCUGUUGUCUCAUGGCGCCAACCCCAAUCAGCCUCUACUGGAUCGUCCUGCGGCGCGUACCGUCUUCUCGCAUUUCCUGGAUAUAGCUCUAUCCAAGUUUCUUGGAGAAGAGUGUUUCGAAGACUACCUCAGGACCCUGGAUAGCUUCCUGCGAGCAGGUGCCAGUCUCGUGUAA